AUGCCGUGUGAUUAUUAUUUCAAGAAAUGGAAAUGUACUCUUAAAAAUUUGACUAAAAUAGUUGAACUUGAUCUUGAAUACCAGGAAACAAAAAUUCACGAUAAACAAAUCUGUGAUGCAGUCCAACGGUUAUCUGGAAUGCUUGGAAGUUACAUAUUAUGCUACAAUGAUGCAUUGGACUGCUUGCAACAUAAUUUGCAGGUUCAAAAGACAGAGUACAUUGCCAAUGUGGUGGAGAAAAUUGUGCUAAGAAUUCUUGAACUAAAACAUCAAUUGACGAAACUUGAAGGCACUCCUUUUCAGUUUUUAUCUAAUGGAUUGAUUCAAGGAAAAUUAACGCCUUUUAAUACUGAGUUUUUCAAUAUUCCUGCAAAAUACGAAAGACCUGAAGUUAUUCAAUUGGCGAUAGAGGCGGCUUUCCGAAGAGUCGAAGAAUUAAAAAGAGCCGAAACAAAAAGUUAUGAUAAUUCAGAAAAUGAUCAAAUUCCUCGAGAUGGCUUAUCAGAAAAUGUUAAUUGGUGGGAUGAUGAAACUAUUAAUGCAACUGAACAUAAAGGAAUUAAUGUUACUGAAGUCUACGAUGUUGAAGAAAAGUUAUCAGAAGAAACAUUAAAAAGAAGAGAAAUAAUAGCUCUAAUACAAACCCAUGAAAGGACUAGACAAGUGGUACGAAUAAAUACACAACAAAAACAGAAGAGAGAAAUAUGGGAGAAGGAGCUGAAAGGCAUCUUGAAACCUCAAGCACCAUUUGAUUUAAGAGAGAGAAGUGCAAAGCUGAUACAAAGGGUUCUAAGAUACUAUUUUGAACUAAAGAGAAAGAGACUAAGAGAUUGUAAACGGGAUGAACUAUUGAAUAUAAAAUUCUACGACACAAUAAAUACCGAACAACCAGAGAUAGAUAAGCAGGUGGCCUCAGACUACUAUAAAUUAAGUAAAAAAUACGUACAACAGAGGGACAUUAUUUGCUCUCGAUAUAAACAGAACUAUUUGAAGAAGAACGGAGAUGAUAUAGCUGAGGAAUUUCGAGGUUAUAUCAGGGAUUGGUUUCAAAAAUGGUACAGAGAAGCCAAAUUCUUUUACGACAUUCCUAAAGAGAAUCAAGGUGGACCAAUUGUGAUAUUCAAAGAAGAAUUACCAUCACCUCUAGAAUGGUUAGACGAUUAUAAAGCAUAUUUAGAAACAAAAAAAGCUAAUAAAAACAAGACAGCAUUACAGUUAAAAUGGGAAAAAGAAGCAGGCAAAGAAGAAGAAAUGAUGUUAAAAAGAGAAGAAUUGAUUAAAAAGAAAUCGGAAGCAGCUCUGCUUAAGAAGAUGAUGAAAAAUCCAACAUUACAUCCAGGAUACCAUUAUCCCUUUUCAAAAAAAACGAAUAACAUACUUACGGCAAUUCAAAAUUAUUAUAAUCAUUGGUCUGAAAUUGACGAUGGAGAAGCUAACGAAGCAAAAGAGAAGUUUAUCCUGAAUAUAGAUGAGGAACAUUUGUUUAUGGAAACUAAAUUCGAAAUUUGUAACUCAAUUAUUACUGACAUGAUGGAAGAACUAAAAUUAUUAAAAAACUCUUUAAAAAUAGAAUAUGAAAGAAACGAAGAAGAAAUACCAAAUCCAAAAAAAGAAAAAGCAAAACGAAAAAAAAAAGAAAGAAAAGUUAAAGCGAAAAUCAGAGAUGAUCUGCAAGACAUAUUAACAGAUCUCGCUAAUAAUGGUUACUUAAAAGAAUACCCAAAAAUGAAUUUUGCGGAUUUUAUUGGUGAUGUAAACUACGCCGGUGCCGAUUUAAGAUGUGAAUUACUAUCCACUGUACCUUUUGGUGGGGAAAUACGAGCCGUAUGGUGGGAGAGAUGCCGAGAAGUGAUCCACGGCUUUAGGCGUAUAUUGUUGGUAGGACCACGGGAAAGUGGGAAGACAACUUUGGUGCAUAUCAUGGCUACUGUAAAUGACACUGCUCUAUACGAGUUAGACCCGUUUAAAAUUGAAGUGGAAAAUACAAACACGGAAUAUUUACAGGAGUUAAUUAAUUCUGUAGUAUCGUGUGCAAAGAUAACGCAACCAUCAAUCAUACACAUAAGAUAUGUUGAACGCCUUUUUUACACUAAGGUACCAACCGAAGAAGAAUAUAAAAAUUUCGAUCUAAUAAAAAAGUUCUUCGUUCGAAAAUUAUUUAAAAUGAUCAAGAAACAAGACAACAUCACUAUAAUAGGAAUUUGCACAGAACCUUGGAUGACAAAGAGUAAGCAAAUGAUAAAAACGUUCAAAUAUGUUUUACUUUUGCCCGAAACCAAUUAUUCGACAGUGUAUCUCAUACUUAGAAACUGGGCACUCAAUAACCGUACAGUACCACAUAAUCUGGAUUUUCAAAGUUUGGCACGUGUACUUCGAGGAUACCCGUUUGGAUAUAUCGUAAAAAAGUUGGACAAUUUUCUGACAGCUAAAAGAAUCGUGCAUAUAGCGGCUUACGGCUUAAGCUCACGAGAUGUUUAUAACUUCUUUUUGGAAGAUGGUAAUGAUUAUAUGAUAAAUUACGAAAAAUACUUGAAGUGGUACAAUGACAAAACUCACUGGGGUCAAUUAGAAAACAAAUGUUUGAAAGAGCGAAGAGAAUUCAAAAUCCAGGUACAGAAGUGGAACGAAAAAAUGUUAAAAAAGAAGAAAAAUACUUAA